AUGCGCUUUCAGCUCUCUUUUACCCUUCUAGCGCUCCUGGGCCUGUCGGGGGCUCAGUGUCCUCUUUACCAGCAGUACUCUUCCCAAGUGCAUGAGCCAUUCUCUACCGGAACUCACAAUCUAUCUUAUGCGCGACCAAUACCAUCAUGUCGUACGUUCAUUUCCCAGGAGGUCGAAGACGAAAUCAAGCGCAUGAAGACCGUGAUUGCCGACCCUGAUCUCUUUCGACUCUUCGAAAACACAUGGCCUAGCACCCUGGAUACGACCAUUGCAUGGCGGGGAUGGUCGAACACGACUGUGGAAGAGACGGAACUUGGCACUAGUGAAGAAGCCCCGCAAGAGCUGACCUUUGUGAUUACUGGCGACAUCUACGCAAUGUGGCUGCGCGAUAGCGCAAACCAACUUCAAGCGUACGUGAGCUUGUUGAAACCAGACUCAGGGUUCAACAGUCUCGCAAGUCUAUUUCGAGGCGCGAUCAACCUCCAGGCGAGGUACAUCCUGGAAAGCCCCUUCUGCAACGCAUUCCAAACUCCAGACGAGAGCGGCGUUGUUAGAUUGAGCAGCAUGAACAGCGACCGCAUUACACCGCCAUUCGAUUAUUUCAAAGUAUUCUCGUGCCAGUGGGAACUGGACUCGGUAGCUAGCUUCCUGCAGCUGAGUGUCGACUACGCCACUGCUACGAAAGACUACGACUUCUUCAAAAAGGGCAACUGGAGCAGAGCCGUCGAAACCAUAUUGCACACAGCCGAAAGUAUGACAAUGGACUCCUACGACGAGCUCGGAAACUGGCAACGCACUCCAUACACGUACUGCGCACCGUACGGCGGGACCCCCAUUAAUGAGUGCGCCGGCUCGCCUCACAAAGGCCACAUCGGCCUGAUUCGUAGCUACCACCGUCCCAGCGAUGAUGCAUGCACAUAUCAGUACCUGAUCCCCUCGAACAUGAUGUUCAGUGCAGCGCUUAAUGCUUCGUCACUCAUCAUGCAGCAAGUCACACCGCCGGCUUCAACCAGCAACCUCACAACAUGGAUGCAGCAAAUGUCAACCGGGAUUCGAAACGGCAUCGAACAACACGCCAUAGUCAACGAUCCCAAGUUUGGCAAGAUUUACGCGUAUGAGAUUGAUGGUUACGGCUCGGCAAACAUAAUGGACGACCCCAAUGUCCCCUCCCUCCUCUCCGCUCCCUUCCUCUCCUACCUCUCCUCCACCGACCCCAUCUACCUCAACACGCGGCGCAAAAUUCUGUCCAAAUCCAAUCCAUACUAUGCCUGGGGCCCGGUCCUCACAGGUGUGGGAAGUCCACAUACGCUUCCGGGCAAGCCGUGGCCGAUGGCAAACGUCAUGGUCAUCUUGACCAGCGAGGAUGACGAGGAAAUUAAGUCGAAUCUGAGGAUGUUGGUGCAGAGUACGGACGGGUAUGGAUUGAUGCAUGAAAGUGUGAGCAGUCAGAUGCAGGAAAUAUGGUCGAGGCAGUGGUUCAGUUGGGCAAAUGGGCUGUUUGGACAGGCCAUAAUUGACUUGGAGAAGAGGAAGCCUUGGAUCUUGAAGGAGAGCUUUCAGUAA